UGUUUUGCUUCCAGCUGGAAAAUGUAUACAACAGAAUGAGAUUUUUGCUGAUUAUCUGACAGUUGCAUUGUUUGCAUAACGGAAUACAUUUACAAAGGAAUUGGUCAAGGCUUAACCAGCCUAAUGAACCUAGCAAGCCAAGGCGGAGAUUCUGAUUCCAACCUUCUCUUUGUAAAUUUUAAUCAAGACUGCACAUCACUUGCCGUUGGGACCAAAACUGGCUACAAACUAUUUUCACUGAGCUCCGCUGACAAGUUGGAGCAGAUUUAUGACAAUGAGGGAGAAGAUAUAUGUAUAGUGGAGAGGCUUUUUUCUAGCAGCCUUGUAGCUGUUGUAAGCCUUUCAUCUCCACGCAAGUUGAAAGUAUGUCACUUCAAGAAAGGGACAGAAAUAUGUAAUUAUAGUUAUUCCAACACUAUAUUGGCUGUUAGGUUAAACAGACUGGUAAGUUGUUUUUGUUCUUCUUAAUCUUUUCAAUCAACAAAUAUUGAAGAUGCAAUGAUUGGUUUUGUAAUUUUGAUAUUUUGUUUAAUGUUUGACAGGAGCAUGUUAUGUUUAGUUCGAACAAUACACUUACCACUCCCAGGUUUUUUUAAAAGUUGUAUCAGUUGUAUUAGAAUAUAAUGUCACAACUUGCUACAUGAAACAGACUUAAAAUUUGUAAUAAUGUCAUGGAUUUUGCUGUAAAAAAUUUCUUCUAAAAUUUACAUUCAUUCUGUAAAAAACAUGUACAUGGUUAAACUGUUUAGUCACCCAGUUUCUACAAUAAGUUGGAUCACUUGCAUUAAAUGUGGGUGGGUGGGUGUCUGUGCUUUACUGUUGUACUAAAAUGCAAGUAUUUUUAUGGUAAUACUGUU